UGCUGCUCGGCUGCUCCGCACUCGCUGGAGUCGAAUAUUGGAGUAUUACUCCAGUAUGCACUAUCACUACACUGGGGACUACUCUGGGUGUACCACAUCAACAAUUCCCACACUUUCCGUUACUCUUAAUCACAAUUUUUCUCUUUCUAGAAUUCCUCAUUCUUUCUCUCUUUUCUGAUCAUCAAGAUGAGACUAAAGUCUAUCACCAAUCCUCUCAAUUCUCUCCAAAACAAGAGUGUUGGAUUCAGAGAUGCUUAUGGUUUCGCAAUUAGACCUCAGCAUGUGCAAAGAUAUAAAGAGUAUGCCAACAUCUAUCAGGAGGAAGAGGAGGAAAGAUCUGAUCGUUGGAACAUUUUCCUUGAGAUGUUAUCUGAGUCUAUUCAGUUGUCUGUUAAUGGAGAAAUAGUAGAUACUUAUGACAACAAAGGUCACCUGAUGCCUGUAGCUGAUACUAACCUGCAAGCACCAGAUGAGUCUGUUGUUGGAACUGAUACAUCUAGUUCUGAAGGUUCUAUUGAUGAUAAAAUUCAGAAGCCUGAAGUCCUAGUAGUGAAGGCAAAGAAAAUUCAUAAAGUUCAAAUAUGGUCUGAGAUAAGACCAUUAUUACGCGCAAUAGAGGAUAUAAUGAGUGUACGAGUGAACAAGAGGAGCUGUUCCUAUCGGAAAGAACCGGAUACUGAUUCUCACAAAAUCCUCAAAUCUUAUGAAGAAGCUAAGUCUUUCAAAGGAGCAGCAGAAGAUGAUUCCGAAGAAGAAUUCUAUGACGUGGAGAAAUCAGAUCCUGUUCAAGAUGUCCCUUCUAUUGAUACUGCUUCUAUACCUGCAACUGUUGGCAUUGUUGAGGGAACCAACCUAGACUCCAGCUCUCCUUGGAAAACAGAAUUGGAUUUUUUUGUUCGAGGGGGUCUUCCGAUGGCCCUUAGAGGAGAGCUUUGGCAAGCCUUUGUUGGUGUGAAGGCACGAAGAGUAGAGAAGUACUAUGAAAAGUUGUUGCACUCAGAAAGUAAUCAUGUUAAUAAAGUAAAUCAGGAAGAAACAAAUGAUAAUGAUUCUGGUGCAGGACUUUGUGAGAAAUGGAAGGGCCAGAUUGAAAAGGAUUUACCUCGUACUUUUCCUGGCCACCCUGCAUUGGAUGAAAACGGCAGAAAUGCUUUAAGGCGUUUACUUAUUGCUUAUGCUCGGCAUAACCCAUCAGUUGGCUAUUGCCAGGCUAUGAAUUUUUUUGCUGGCUUACUGUUGCUUUUAAUGCCUGAGGAGAAUGCAUUUUGGACCCUUAUGGGUAUAUUGGAUGACUAUUUUGAUGGUUAUUAUUCAGAAGAGAUGAUCGAGUGUCAGGUGGACCAGCAUGUUUUUGAGGACUUGAUGCGCGAACGGUUCCCAAAAUUGGUAAAUCAUCUUGACUAUUUGGGCGUGCAAGUGGGAUGUGUUACUGGUCCUUGGUUCCUCUCAAUAUUCAUAAAUAUGCUUCCGUGGGAAAGUGUUCUUCGAGUUUGGGAUGUGCUUCUGUUCGAGGGGAAUCGUGUUAUGCUGUUUCGCACUGCACUUGCGCUUUUAGAGUUAUAUGGCCCUGCCUUGUUAACAACAAAAGAUGCAGGAGAUGCAGUUUCUUUGCUACAAUCUCUUGCCGGAUCAACGUUUGACAGUAGUCAACUAGUCCUGACUGCUUGCAUGGGAUACCAAAAUGUACAUGAAGCUAGAUUGCAGGAAUUAAGAGAUAAACAUCGUCCUGUACUACUUGCUGCUAUUGAACAAAGAUCCAAAGGCCAUCAAGCUCUGAAAAAUUCUCAGGGUCUAACUUGUAAGCUAUACAGUUUCAAGCAUGAUCCUGGAUCUGAUGAGCAAAUGAAUGGUGAUACAGCACACAUAGAAUCUGGUUUUACUGUCCCCGGCGAUUACUUUAUUGGCAUGACUGGAGCUGUGGAUAUUGAUCCUAGUUUGGAUAUUCAAGAGCAGGUAAGAUGGUUGAAGGUUGAAUUAUGCAAAUUAUUGGAAGAGAAAAGAUCCGCAGAGCUCAGAGCAGAGGAGCUGGAGACUGCAUUAAUGGAGAUGGUGAAGCAAGACAACCGUCGACAAUUAAGCGCAAGGGUUGAACAAUUGGAACUAGAGGUUUCAGAGCUCCGUCGUUCCCUCGCUGAUAAGCAGGAGCAAGAAGGUGCCAUGCUUCAGGUCUUAAUGCGGGUUGAGCAAGAGCAGAAACUAACGGAAGAUGCACGUAGAUUUGCUGAACAAGAAGUGGCGUCCCAGAGAGUUGCAGCUGAAACUCUUCAGGAAAAAUAUGACAAGGCUGUGUUUGCACUUGCUGAAAUGGAGAAGCGGGUAGUUAUGGCAGAAUCAAUGUUGGAAGCUACACUACAAUACCAGUCCGGCCAAAUGAAAACUCAACCUUCUCCAAGGUCUGUACAUAAUUCUUCACCAGUACAAAGUAACACUGAGCCUUCAACAGAUCUACCUGUUAGAAAAAUUAGCCUGCUCACGAGACCUUUUGGGCUCUGAUUGCGUGAAACGAACAAGGGAAAACCAGAAAGCGUGGAAGAGCCAAGUGAGACUAAGCCAAAUGAUGAAGCACACAGCCGAAUUGUUGAGGAGAAAGUAAGUGUUUACAAUUAAAUUCCAGAGAAGCCAUAGAUAUGCGACUGGAUACGGUUAAAGGUGUGCAGUCUGCAUUGUGCUAGUGCUACACAAAGUCCAGUUCAGGCAGCAUAGUAUUGGUGAAAUCUGAAUUAGCAUAGACAAGUCCUGUUGCUACUUCAGUUUUUCUAUCUCCAGUGUUUAGUAUUCAAUUUUCAUUUGUUGAGUUUUUUAAUCUCCAGUGUAUAGCAUUCAAUUUUUAUUUGUUGAUUACAAAGUAAUAAAAUCUUAACUAUAUAUAGAUAUAGAUUUACUACCAUUAAAUUCCUGGAUCUUCCCCAAUCCCCAUCCUUGCUCAAAUAUUGUAUAAACAUUCUUUGUGAAAUACUAUAGCUUUGUGAAAUACUUUGGUGAUUUUUCCAGUCCA